CAGUGUUCUUAGAGGCAACACAUUUUUAUUUGGCAAUAUGGCGGAAUAUUGUUCCAAGAGCAAGGUGUGUGUCCUUGUAACAUGAUUAGUAACCGCAAGUCAGUCCUUGAAAAGUGAUAUUCUUGACAAUGGCAGUGUGUGGAUAUGUACAAAGAAUGACUGCAAACCUCCUUCUUUUCCUACCAAGUUAAAUCACUGUAACUGAUAUUUUCCAUGAUAUGGCUAGAACCAAAAAACAAGUUCUACAAGCAACAGCCAGAAAACAGCAGCUUCUUCUAGAAGCAGAGCAGAGAGCAGCAAGACAGGCGGAACAAGCAGGACAGAACCCUGCCCGGAAGGGAAGGCCUGUGAAACCAGAGACGUCAACUGCCUCCUCUUCUGGUACAGGGGUGACAAAGCAUGUUGACCCUCAGGUUAGGCCUCCUGGGAGGCCAAUAAAGACACCCAGUCCAAGAAAACUGAAACCUUUGGUGGAGCAGUUGGGCGGGAAGGAAGCUGAAGAUGUGAAGGGUAACACUGAUGGAAGCUUGUACAAGAAGAUCAUUUUGGCACCUCAGAAGAAGAACAAAUUGUCUGAAGAUGUACAGGCAAAGGAGGAAACAACAGACAGAUCAACUGCUUUGGACAAGAAAAAUAAGAAAGAAGAGUAUCUGGAUCCACCUGUGAUGGUGAAUCUGGAUGCUGAAAAGGAGGACGGUUAUAUGCCAACACCCAUUUCAGGCCCAGUGAACAUGAAGAAGACCAAGUUCACUGCCAGAAAGUCUACCAAUGCUUUGAAGAAAGCAGAGGCACAAGAACUUCUACAGUCUCUGACCAGGAAAGAGACAGGAGCACGGCCUAAUCCUACCCUUGACAUACCCAAUGCUCAUCUGAUCCAGGUGUCUCCUGAAGCUGUUGGAAGGCCUGUUCAUUUGAAUCCAAACCAGAAAGCCCUACCCCUCCAUAAGUUGUAUGAAAGGAAAUCUGGCCUGUAUCCCCCAGUGUAUCCUAAACUGAAAGCCAGAAAGAGUAUAAGAUCUCCUUCAAAAGGAAGUGCAAAAAAGUCGUUCUUGACUGCAAGAAAAUCAUUCCCCCCUUGUACUCUAGCUCCGAAGAAGUUGAGCUAUACCGAGACAACGAUCAGCCAUCUUCCUCAUCAACUCCUGAUGUGGAAUCUGUGUCUGUGUUUCCAAGCAUUCAUGAAGCAGUUAUCACGCUUCCAAAGUCAGAGACCUUGCCAGUAGCUCUUGUAUGCAUUAAGGAUAUAUACAAAGGUCCUGAUCCUGCAGAAGGUAACGAAGGACUAACAAUGAAAGAAACUCCACCUCACUGUAUCAGAAGGUCAAAUAGUCAUCAGUCAACAAAACGAUCUAGUGAGAGGCCAAAAAGUCCUAGGAGGAAAAGUCCAAAAGGUGAUCGCAAAGCAAAGAACAUUUUUGAACAAUUUCAGAAUGAGAUCAAGGAAAAAGGGUCCAGGUCAAAGAAAUUGUCCCCAAACAAGAAGGGUCCAGGUCAGGAGGUUGCAAGCACUGCAAUUUCCUCUGCAAUGAAAGUGCUAAGGUCUGUUUCUGAAAAGGUUGAUGGACAGAAAAGGAAAUCUGAAAAGUCAGGACUAUCACCAAGAAAAAAGUCUCCAAGGAGAAACUCAUUAAAAGGUGAUAGUCCUGAUAAGCCAGAUGCAGAACCAAGAAGGAAGUCUAACAGCCCUGCCAGGAGUCCAAGGACUAUUAAGAAGGCUAAUGAUGUUCCUGACAAGAGGAGAAGUGGAUCAGCAUCUCCUAGAGGGGAGAGAAGGAUCCGAUCCCCUAGUGUUAAACUUCAGGACGAUAAUGUUGUAUAUAUGCCCCUCGUAAAGAAGGGCAAGGUUUCUUCCAAAACAUCACCAAAUGAGUUUAUGCUAACCCUUAAAGGUCAGCUUUGUGAAGAGACAAAUAAAGGUAAAGAUAGUGAGAGCAAAUCUGGGGUGAUUAGACAGUUGGACUUUGUAGAACUGUGUAAAGAGCAAAUAGUGAAAAACAUAGCUGAAACAGAAGACGAUAGUCCAGUUAUAUCAGGGUCAUCUCCAACUGCAGUAAAUGCUCUUCCCAUAACAUCAAGUUCUCCCAAACCCAGUACCAGUACAUUAAAUGAGCCCAGUGGUAAUUCUGUUACUGAGGAUGUAGGUGUAAGGAGCAAAGGAUUGCUGGAUCUCAUUACUAAAGUUGAUAAUCGAAUAAAGACGGCCUUGUUUGUGCCUCUAGAAUCAACUCAGUGUAUGGAAGAGGAGGAAUGUUCAGAUGUGUCUUCUUUAAACACAAGCCACAAUUCUGACACUCUGUCGCAUCUUGUGGAUCAGAUGGAAGCAGAGACCUCCAGCUCUGUACCACAAGGAGUUGAUUCUAAAAUACAGUCGGACAGGAAGAGUGAUGUAGAAAAUGACACGGUUCCUCCGGAUGUAAAAUGUGGCGAAUUGUAUCGCAGACUUACAGGUAAAGUGGCAGAUCCAAUAUUACUGAGUACGUCUCAAAGGCAAACUCAGUCUAGUCCAGUGAAACCUCCAUCUGAGAGUGUAAAAGAUGUAGUUAAGGAUAAUAUCCUGGUUUUAGAUAAAAGUGAAGGUUGUCUUCUCAAAAAACAUCUUUUGUCACCUGUGAAAUCGGUGAUCGAGGAGGUGUGUGUCAAACAUGAACCAGAAGGUGAGCAACAGUCUGUGCAAUGUGAUCCUGCUCCUCCUGACUCUUCAGACAAAGGUUCAAAAUCUGAAGAAACUGUUGAAGGUAAAAGGAUUCCACUGUGGAGAAAACUGUAUCGAACUAAGGAACCUUUACCACUGGAAAUUUUAGCAAAAGCUGAGAAAGACUGCAAUUUAAAUAAGAAAUCUGCAUUUGUUAGUGAUGAACUAGAAAACUAUUUAGAAGAUGUUAAGAAAUUGAACUUCAAAUGUGACCAGUCUUUUGAUAGAGAAGAGCAUAAUGCAUCUCCAGAAAGUGUAGAUUAUAGUUUUGAGGUUAGGGAUAUUGAACCAGAUUUUGAUGAAGUUGAGGGUGUAUUGUUUGUGUCAUUUGCAUCUAAGGAUAUUAUGGAUGCUCAUAUUGCUGUGGAGAAGAAGAAUCAUUGGGACAAGGAUGCUAACCAUUUGCUUGGUGUUUCACGUUUGUUGUCUUUUGAGAAAGAAAAACAGGAAGGAGACAGUCCAGAACAAGGUAAAGCUAAGACUCCCAGUUCACUGAACCUUAGAGGACAACACAUGAAAUGGAAGAAAUAUAAGAGGAUGUUGAAAGAAGAGUUUGAUAAUCUGCAGUUGACAAGAGAAAGAGGAGAUCCUUACUCUGGUUUCCGGCAUCCAGAGAAAACAUCAGACAUCACAAAGAUCAAAGGAUGGAGAAAUAAAUUUGUUGACAUGGAAGGUGAUGCUGGUAAACUUCACUGGAGAACCGAGGAAAGACUCUUGAGAAAUCUGGAGCCAGAUGAUAUCAAGGCAUUGGGCAUUAAGAAGAAACGGAGGAAGAACAUUGUGUUCACUCAUAGGAAAGGAACCUCGAAGGACAUUGGGUAUCCAUCAGGCCGAACUAGCAUCUAUGGACAAUCUGGCAGUCCAGAAGAGAUUGGUGACAAUUGGGACAUGAUGAUGGAAGAGUAUGAGGAACCAUUGUAUGGGGACUAUGGAGAAGGUUCUGAUCAUACUGAUGAGGAGAUGAGGAGAAUUAACUGGAGUUAUGGACAUAGUGAGGAAAGUGUUAGUGUCAUUGAGAUGGACUCAAGUGUUAGAGACAGACCUUUUGGGUAUGCCAAGAGGACUCAGGUCAGGAAUGAGUUUGCAGAAUUGUUUAGCUGGGGUGAGGAGGAAAUGAAGAUUAUGAAGAAUCUUGGUGGACGGGUGAGAAACAGGAGGAAAAAGAAUGACCCCAGAGAUAUGACCUCUCUCCUGCGAGACUCAGAGUCUCCAGAGAUGGGAAAGAAAUUCAGACUGAAGAUGAAAGUCAAAAGGUCAGAAUACAUUCCUGUGGCCGUCAUUACCGAACAAAUGGCCAUUGAUGCUACUUGUGCAUUAGACUUUGGAGUAUACAAACCAACACAAACAGGAACAAGAUGUGCAGACAAUAUCAAUACCAAACAUAUGGUGCUUCAAACUGUGCAACCAAAUCCCCAUACUGGGAUGAAGUUGCACAACAAAGGCAGCACCUUGUUCAGAGCUCAAAGAGACAAAAAGCGACCAAUGUUGAAGUCAGGUGUUCCUACAGAGUAUGUGAGGAGGGUGAAUUCUGAAGGAGAUGGAACUGCAGAUGUUUCUUUGGACAAUCUUGACAGUAGGGAUGAGGAUGGUAUUGUCAUUGAUGGAAGCAGAGACCCGAAAAUACCCUGUGAUAAGCCUGGCUGCAGGUAUGGUUGUAUCUGUCACCUGUGCAAUGACAAUCAGGAGGACCUGGAACCGAGGUCCCAGGAGUCCCACACCUGUAACAAGGAGUACUGCCGCCUCGGAUGUAUAUGUGACAGCCUUGUUUCCAACCAAGAAGCAAACAUCCCCUUCCACUGUGGCAAGCCAGAAUGCAUGAUAGAAUGUGUGUGCUCCAGAACGGAGAGAAGGUCACCCAAUGGCGCUGCCUCUUCAGGUGUUCCUGAUGAUGGCGCUAACAGCUCUGAUGAGAUUCCUCCACUUAUCCAAGACUCUGAUGUUUCUGCUGAAGGUGCUAAGUUUGACAACCAGAAAGCCAAGGAGGACAAACCUGCUGUGUCCAAGACAUGGUCGCGGCACCCAAAAGGUGAUAAAUAUUCCAAUCUGCCGAAGAGGGAAUCGCGACAUCGGAUGUCAAAGAACCUUGAUGCAAUAACCCGCAAGGCAUUGAUGGUGUAUGAGACAAGUGAAGUGUAUUGUGAACAGAGUGGUAGAUCCAGAAAGAAGCACACUGAAGAAAUUUCCCCUGGAUCUCGAGCUGCUGUGUCCAAAUUGACCUCUCCUACCAGUAAGGCCAAGGGACCAGUACUACCUAAGGUUAUGAAAAGGAAGCCCUCCAUAUCCCAGGAGGUUGUUCAGAUCAGCGAUGACGAUGAAGACAACACUGACAUGAUGUCAUGUGCACGAUCAGCUGCAUUCACUCCAACGAAAAUAUCAGACAGGGACCUCUCGAAUGAUCCUACUGUUGUCCGAAUUGAGAAAACUGAGAGUGAGUCAGGUGCUUCUAGCAUCAGUAUAACCCCUGGCGGUAGCCGGCCAGGUACUCCUGGACCCAACCCUCAAGACCUGGGCCGCAGACUUGCCAAAGUGGCCAUUGACUGUCAGAGCAAAGAUGUUGCUACCCCGAACACAGACAAGCCUAAGCCUCAAGCAGCAGAUGUGCCCAAAAGAAAACCAUCAAAAGUGUUGCCAGCAGAUCUCCACCAUGUACAGUGGCAUACACAGAUGGUUUGCCUGAAAGCAAAUCCUAAACCAAAAGAUGCUGAUACUUCAGAGUUGGAACCGGAAGAGAUCAAGUUGUUGGAAUUCAUGGCCAAUUGUAACUGGGAUAAUGCGAAACCACAGAUUCUUAGCAGGGUAGCUCAGUGUCUGAGCAGAGGAGUGUACCCAGAUCCUCGUAGGAUGGUCAUUGGUGAUUUCAUCGUUGAAAUCAUGCCAAAAGCUGACAAGUGUGCUGUCAUUCCUCCAGAACUAAAAGGCAAACUGCCUGAGCAUAUGUAUUCGAUAAGGGUGAAAGUCAUGAGAAAAGCAUCUGAAUCUGAUAUCAAGAAGUUCCUAGCAGCUUCAGCACAUCUGAAACAUCGAGCAUCUUUGAACAAACCCCGAGAUUCUGUUUCUGCUCAGUCAUGUGACUCAGCCUCAAAGAGAGUCUUUAACAACACCUCCUAUGGUGCUCUGGACAAGAGCGGGGCAUUAUCUCAGCCUUACCAGAAACCCCAUGCCCCACCAUCUUCAUCAUCUGCCCCUCCUUCAGCACCAACUUCAUCAGCAGCAACUUCUGUUUCACAAAGUCCAAUGGGUAUUUCAGGGUUUAAUCGCCUCCACAUCUCUCGUCCAAGUUCAACAUUCAUGGAAUCCAGUGGCAACAGUAAUGUGACAAUUGAUGGGAAUAAGUCUGAAAUGGUGAAGUUGAAUGACAUAUCUGGUAACAGAGAUGCUGAAUCAGAUGCUCCUGAUAUCGAACACAUUACAGUACAGAAUACAGAGACCGGUGAUUCAAUAUCAAUGGUAGUAGGCCCUCCGGAAAGUAAAAAGAAGAAGAAAUCAGAAAAGGAAGCUAAACUGUCAGGAAAUGAACACAUGAAAAAGAAAAACAAAUCCAAACUCCAGAGUGCUGCAGGUGAUGUAGUUCAUGAAUCCAAGCCAAAAAUCCUUAAGGGUGCAACAACUUCUUCUCUUGACAAACUUGGUAAGAUUCCUCUUUCUGGCCCAGUGGAUGAAAAAUAUGCAUCUAUUUUUGGUUGUGUUGAGGAGUCAUCUGGAGGUGCAGGCUGUGUCGGGAAUGGUGAGAUGACAAUAGACCUCACAGAUGACAAUGUAGAGACAAAUCAGAAUGAAACACAUGAUGAACCAGAACAACGCGCUGGAGAUCCAAAGUCUGUGAAACCACCUGAAAAUGGACGAAAUGAAAGUAGCAGUGUUAAAAUGUUUCCAUCUUCUGUGGAUAUGAAACAUCCACGCUCAAGUACUCCAAAAUUAGUUCCACCAAUUCAAAACCAGACAUUCCAAAUCAGGGGACCUGCAGCUCCACCAAUUGGGCAGAUUCUAGUUCCAGUUCCAGGUCCAACAAUGCAGACUGCUGGAUCCCAAAUAAUUCUUGCUGGUGCACCAGUUGCUACUAAUGUAUCUUCAUUAGGACAGCCUAGACCCACUAAAACAAUCAUCAGCACACCUGGUGGUAAACUUUAUGGACCAUUUACUGAUAUAAAUGAUGUCAAGAUGCUCCAGGUGAAGAACCCUGAUGGAACAACCCAGCCGUUACUCAGGUUCCUUCCUGCCAAUUCAUUUCCCAUUGUACAGCCAGCUAAGUCAGUUGCUUCCCAAGGAAACAAAAUUCAAAAAUCUCUUCUGGGUACAAAGUACAUCCCAGGGCCCCAUGGAACAAUAUUAAGACUUGAAGAAGUGGUUGAAAACAAAUCGCAAGAAAAGACCAAGGCCAUAAUUGAGGAGGAUCCCAAACCUUCAAAGAAGAAGAGGAGGAAAAAGAAUGUUGACCAAGCAUCUGCAAAUGGACUAAAUGCUGAUGAAUCCGUAGGUAGAGAGGUGAAGAAAAAAGGUCAGAAAUCAGAUCAGUCCAAUUCUAUUGAAUCCUUUGAUGAGGUAGAUGGUUCCUCAGGAUGGAAGGUUCGUAAAGGAGGGUCAAAAAGUCAACUUAUGGCCUCGAGAAAAUGUCCAGUUGGAAAAGACACAGAGAAGAAACCCAGCAGUGAAACACAUCUAGUCGCAUCUCUUGAUGAAGAUGAUCCUGGAACUGCUCAACAACCUGUGAACCAGGUCCAUGUUCUCCGGGACACAGCUGAUAAGGAGAACAAAGGGGAAUACUGUGAAGCAGCUUCUGGAACAUACAAGAAACAUGGUGAUGGUGAUAAAGAUUCUAGUCAGAAGAAGGUAGCCAGAAAACCUGGCCAAUCAACUUCAGGUGGAGCUGUUGAAGGGGCACAGAGGCAAGCCAGGUCAUUGUCCUUAGAUUCACCUGAUACCAUUAAGACUUCCACCCCGAACCCUGGUGCUUACAAAAUGAAAAAAAUGCAACAAGGAUUUUUGCCAAUAAAACGGCAACGAAGUGACUCUGAUUCUGCAGCAUUUGCAGAUGCAAGUAAGAGAAUUAAGCUUGUUGAUGGACGACCUUCAUCAGAUGCUCUAGGCAGCCCAGGUCAGAUCUUGGCAAACAUUGAGAGUUCAAUGAAACUCACACCUAUUCAGAAGUUCAAAGAAAGGAUGAACCUUCCUGUCAUCGAUAUCUCGGAUGAUGACAGUCAGAUGUCCUUCGAUGGCUGUAGCAGUUCUGGACACUCUCUCCAAGGCCAGGGCACCAUCAACAUAUCAGAGGAAGAUGAGGAAGAUACCAGAGGAGAAGUCCGAGAGAGGAAGACCUACAAGGAACGAGCACGGAGACAGGACAUCCUGUGUAUGUUUAUGUAUCUGUACAACAGCAUCUCCGAUGGGGAGGAAAACCCCACUGUGACCCUCUCCAGACAGAAGGUGCUGGAUGCUGCACUGAUGACCAUCGAAAGUGAGAAACAGCGCUCCGCCCAGCUUAUUGAAGACCUGAAGAUGGAGAAGUUCUACCGCCGGGCACAGAAGAGGCGACUCCGUGUCGCUGUUGAUGGACUGUUGAAGAAUGGGGUACCAGCUAAAGUCAUUGGAUCUCAUCUUGAUGGGGUUAAGCAACAAGAACUGAAGCGGCAUUCCAAGAGGCAUCUGUUGAGGAAGAUAAUCCAGUAUGGCAAGCAGAAGUCAAUGGAUGAGGAAGAAGUGGAGUCGGGGAAAGAUACGUCAGCAACGUCAACGUCUGCUACUUCUGUCUCGAUCGCAUCGCCAUCAAUUAGUCAGAGUACUGAGGCCAGGACUUGUGAAGUGAGAGAGAACAAUUCCAUUGGACAAAAAUUAAGAGCAUCUCCUGGGAUAAAGGUUGAUCCUAACAACCCAAGUCACUGUUCCGAAACUGAAAAGUUUGUUAUCGAGAUUGAAAAAGACGAAGAUGAAGAAUCAGUGAAAGAGAAUUUUGAGGAAAGGGAAACAACUGAAGACAAUUUACCUGAGAAUGUUAACGAUAUAACGGAUGUGAAGUCGAAAUUUGAAAAGGUUGGGAAGACAAUUGAGAUUGAACAGAAAGUAACUGUGGAUGAAGAGUGUGUUGAAAAUUCAGGGAAAACUCCAUCUAUGCAAAAUUCUCCAGUUCGAAAGGGAAAGGGUGAUAUUAAACUCAGGGAAAAGGGUUCUGGGACGUCAGGACGCGGGACGCUGCAGCGAUCAAAUUCUGAGGAAGCCAUCCUGCAAGUGGAAUCAUUUAUUGAAAACGCAGUAAGACUUAGCUUUGACCGUGAUGACGGUGUAGUCACAGAUGAAAUGUGUGAUGACAACGGUGGCCCCAAGGAGGAACCAAGGUUGCCCAUCAUUGAUAAGUCUAAACAGAUUAACAAAUUUCCCGAAGUAGUGAAUCCGCCUGUCUCUAAAUAGUGAAUACAGAAGAAAAUCAGCCUGUGAAAUGUUUGGCAGAUGAAGUGUGUGUUGAAACCCCCGAACGGGAGAAAUCCCCUGACAAAGACGCCAUGUUUGGUUUGCUUCUGCCGAGUGAGUUGAAUUUUGAUGACGCAAGUGUUGAGUCCGUUCCCAUGGAAUCAAAGGCACCAAACUCAGUCUCCUCAAGUGAAGCCACAGGCGAUUUGAACAACAUUGGUGCCGUAAGGGAGAUAAGUCAGAGUGAUUCUACUCAGGGAAGUGACAAGAUGGAUACCUCUUCUGUUCGCGAAAACGGAAAAUCGGGAAAGAAGGAGAAUUUCCUUAUUUGUGAUGUUCGUGGUUUAGCCAAGAAUGAAUUCUUCUGCACAAAAUGAGAUUAUUUUGCAUCAUAAGUAGAAUGUUUAAGAAUAUCUCAAUCAUCAUCGUCAUUCAUCUGUUGAUGUCGUCAAACAUAGUAAAUCAGGAUAUUAUGAUGUUGAGGUCAUAACUGAUCCCUGAACUGUAUGGUAGUGCUGUUGUAUGAUAGUGCUUUGUCUAGGGUGACCACUUGGGAACAGGUGGUCAUGAGCAGGAUUUCGCUCUUGGAACAGGCUUCCGGUUGGCUGGUUUGAAUGGCAACCCUGGGAGCAGGUGCCCCUUAGUCUGAUAUAACAUGUUCACACUGGGAACGUGUGGCACUUUUUCUGGUAUAAUUUCUACCCUGUAGGAGCAGGUGCCCCUUUCUCUGGUUUGAGAUGUCCACCCAUAUAACAGGUGGUGUACAAUGUCUGAUGCACAAUGUCCCCACUGGGAACAGGUGGUCCAGUGUCUGGUGUAUGAUGUCAAACCUGGGAACAGGUGACCCAGUAUCUGGGGUACGAUGUCAAACCUGGGAACAGGUGACCCAGUAUCUGGUGUAUGAUGUCAAACCUGGGAACAGGUGGCCCAUUAUCUUGGGUACGAUGUCAAACCUGGGAACAGGUGUCCCAGUGUCUGGAGUACUAUGUCAAACCUGGGAACAGGUGUCCCAGUGUCUGGAGUAUGAUGUCAAACCUGGGAACAGGUGGCCCAGUGUCUGGAGUACUAUGUCAAACCUGGGAACAAGUGGCCCAUU